ACUGGGUCCCGGCCAGAGAUUCCACCCGGUGAUUGCCAAGGAACACUAACAGGGGAGAGGUCUAUAUCAUGCUGCUUUGUAUUGCUCUGCAUAGAAGCAUGCUUACACAGUAAAACACACACAUCACAGUUAGUAAAACAGCACACAAUUAACCCUUUGAUCACCCCAGAUUUUAACCCCUUCCUGCCCAGUGUCAUUGUACAGUCUCAGUGCUUUUUAUUAGCACUGAUCACUGUAUUAGUGUCACUGGGGAUGUCAGUGGCAGUUAGUCAGUUCCCCCCAGUGUCUGAAUGCCUUCCGCAGUCCCGCUAU